CUGGUAAGGGUAAGGGUUUUAAGGGCUACAAAGGCAAGGGCGGCCUCAGGCCACUUCGUGUUGGCCCUCGUGAUAAAGGGAGGCUCAUCUACGUUGGCAACUUACCUUGGAGGACAGCCUGGCAAGAUCUUAAAGAUCUUUUCCGUGAAUGCGGUGAAGUUAUACGUGUCGAUAUCGCCGAAGGUUGGGACGGCCGUUCUAGAGGCUUCGCCACUGUUCUCUUCGAGGAGAUCGACAACGCUGCCAAUGCUAUCGAGAAAUUCAACGAGUACGAGUUCCAAGGGCGUAAACUACUUGUUCGUGAAGACCAGUUUGUAUGAAGGCAAAUUAUCAGGUCU